UAAAAAAUACUGUUUUCUAGAGAUAUCUGAUUAAAUAAUAUGUAGUAAAUACCAAAGUGGAACCAAUUUGCGGACUCCACUCACCAAUCCUCGCAAUUCCGGUGGAUGCAUAUGCUUCUCCCCACCAAACCCUAAAUUCUCUAUAUAUUUUCAAUCUAUCUAUGUUCUUUCAUUUCAUGUUUGAGUGAUUUUGGAAUAUGCUGUGUCUGGGUCGAUUCGCCGGGGUCUCUUACCCAAUCAAAUCCUACUCUUCGUCUUGGAGGGACAACACCAAUAACAAGUUGCUGCCUCUGAAUGCAAACAGGCUCAGAUGGCGAUUCAUGGCUCAAGAAUCCGACUCUUCUUUUGCCCCUUCUCUUGACUCUGAUUCUUCAGAUAAAACAGCUGCUACAGGAUUCUGCAUCAUAGAAGGCCCCGAAACUGUGCAGGAUUUCGCAAAGAUGGAGCUUCAAGAGAUUCAGGAUAACAUUCGAAGUCGGAGGAACAAGAUUUUUUUACAAAUGGAAGAGGUUCGUAGGCUUAGGAUACAGCAAAGAAUUAAAAGUGCUGAACUUGGAAUUAUAGAUGAAGAACAAGAGAAUGAACUUCCUAACUUCCCAUCAUUCAUUCCAUUCUUGCCUCCUUUGACUUCAGCAAACCUCAAGCAAUAUUAUGCAACCUGUUUUUCUCUUAUUGCUGGGAUAAUUCUUUUUGGUGGUCUCCUUGCACCUAGUCUGGAGCUUAAGCUUGGACUAGGGGGCACAUCAUAUGCAGAUUUCAUUGAAAGUCUACAUCUGCCUAUGCAGCUGAGUCAGGUUGAUCCCAUAGUGGCAUCAUUCUCGGGAGGAGCGGUUGGAGUAAUCUCGGCAUUAAUGGUUGUUGAGAUAAACAAUGUAAAACAGCAGGAGCAAAAAAGAUGCAAAUACUGUCUUGGUACUGGAUAUCUUGCAUGUGCUCGCUGUUCAAGCACAGGAGCACUUGUUCUGAUUGAACCAGUAUCCACAAUCAAAGGUGGAAAUAAGCCUCUUUUACCACCAAAAACUGAGAGAUGUUCAAAUUGCUCUGGAUCUGGCAAGGUUAUGUGUCCAACAUGCCUUUGCACUGGAAUGGCCAUGGCAAGCGAACAUGAUCCCAGAAUUGAUCCUUUCGAUUAGAGGUUAAAAAAUCAUUGUAAUUUGUAUCCCUAGCAGGCAAUUUGAAGCUUAAUUUGCGUGUAAUUUGCUGCCCUGGCGGAGAAAUGGAAUUUCUGUAAAUAUUGAUAAACUCCAUAUAAGAAAAAGUGGUUAAGAAUAUAGGACAGCUUCCAUUUGUAUGAGGACUCAAAUAAAAGUGGUGCAGCUAGAGAUAUCAUAUUUACUUUUUAUGGAUGGCCACAUAACCUUUUUCUA